UCAUCACCUUGUAAAAUAAAAAUAAAAUUCAUUUUGUUUCUUUCCAUGAAUUCCUUUUGUUUCAUUCUCUAAAAACCCUAAGGGUUCUAGGAGAAACAUAAAAACAAUUGCUUCAUCUUUCAUCAAAACAAGAGGAAAAUAAAAAAAGAGAGGAGUAAAUAUGCUUCUACGAAGCUCAUCAACACCAAUCCUUUACAUCCCUCAAAGCUCACCGGUGGUCGAUUCCUGUCAUCGAAGCUCACCUAAGCCGAUCUCAAUGACGGCCUCGCGACAUGACAAGAUCCAAAGGACGCCCUCAGAUAGCAACAUGAGGCAGACCGCGGUCCCAAAAAAGCCAAGGCCACCACCACUUAUGAAUAUUCGUUCCAUAGGUUCUCAAGAUUCACUUAAAGACGAAGGGACCGAUAAUAUCGACUUGUCCAUGCUUUCACUUGCCGGUGGUGAUGUAGGAAGCAAAAGUGGAACCCAAGGUUUUGGAGAUCACGGUGAAGGGAAACAAAUGAUGGAUGAUUAUUACCAAAAUAUGAUCAAAACUUACCCUGGAGAAACCCUUCUUCUUGCAAACUAUGCUAAAUUUCUCAAAGAGGUUCGAGGUGAUCUGGUGAAAGCUGAGGAGUAUUGUGAGAGAGCGGUUUUGGUGAAACCAGAUGAUGGGGAAGUGUUAUCAAUGUAUGGAGAUUUAAUAUGGACUAACCAUAAAGAUGAAGCUAGGGCUCAAUCUUUCUUCGAUCGAGCUGUACAAGCUUCUCCUAACGAUUGCCAUGUGAUAGCAUCUUAUGCACGGUAUCUGUGGGAUGCUGAAGAAGAGGAGGAGAAAAAAGGAAAAGGAGAAGAACAUCAAAUGAACGGUGGUAAUAGUUGCACACCCCAACCAUCGCCACAUGGCCAUGGGCCAUUUCCUCACCGACCCCCCUGGUUCACUGCUACUGCUUAUUAGCCUUUCUUCAUCAUCUCUCCCAUUAUGGGGAUAAAA